CCACUCCCCACCUCCCACAGCUGUAUCCCUCACUCAGGAUGUAUCCUGCAAGUAGCUGCUGCCAGCGCUCCCGCCUCACCCGGCUGAACCCUGCUCACCUGGAUCUGUACGGCGGCGGCGGCGUCUACUGCCUUCUCCUGGAGCUGUACUGAGGGUGUCUUUGAGGAGGCGCCAAGAUCAGACUGAGCUGCUGUACAAUGAGACAAAUCAGGUGGUCAGUGUGGAUCUUGUGCACCAUAAUCAAUUUCUCAGAAGAAGAUGCUCCUAAGCAGACUUCUCUGUCAUGUGAUCCCGCUGGUGGUGUCUGUGAUGGCCAUUCUAGGUCUUUGGACACCAUUCCUUCAGACCUGACAGAGGCUGUGAGACAGCUGGACCUGUCCUUCAACAAGAUCUCACACAUCAGAGAACUAGACCUUCGGAAUUGUGUCAACCUGGAAGCUUUGUUGUUGCAGUCCAACCGAAUUCGCUCAAUAGACCCAGAUUCUUUUCAGUUCCUGAGAAAUCUGAAACAUCUGGAUUUGUCCUCCAAUAGCCUAUCCUACUUAUCACCUUCCUGGUUUAAUUCUCUCUCUUCUUUGCGGGUUCUAUAUUUGCAUAAAAAUCCCUACCAGCGACUUGGGCAAAGUCCUCUUUUUUCUCAUCUUCCCAGUUUGAGGGUUCUUAAAGUGGGGAGCUAUGACAGAUUCUCAGAACUUCAGAAACAAGACUUUGAAGGGCUGCGUGAGCUGGAGGACCUUGAGAUUGAGGCAGCUUAUUUUCAGAAAUAUGAACCAGGGAGUCUAAAAUCCAUUCAUAAGAUAAACCACUUGGCUCUCAGCAUCAGGAAGCCAAACUUACUACCUGACAUCUUAGUUGACCUUGCAAGUUCUUUGCAGUAUUUGGAGUUUAGAAAGACUAAUCUGGGAGAAUUUAAUUUUUCAAUGCCCCCCAAUACCCCCAGCCCACUUAUUGAGAAGAUUAUAUUGAGAGAAGUGAUAGUCACAGAUAAGAGUUUUAUUGACAUUCUUAAAAUGUUUUCCUAUGCUUCUGAGUUGUUGGAGAUUGUGCUGGAGGAUUGUAUACUUAAUGGACUUGGCCUUUGGGAAGAGGAUUUCAUAAGUGAAAUUCAUCAUGAAGUUAAAGUUGAAACAAUCAUCAUACGGAGGUUACGGAUUGGAAAUUUUUUCUUAUUUCGUGACCUGAGUCCUGUGUAUUCAUUAUUACAAGGAAUCAAGAGGAUCACCCUCACAAGUAGCAAGGUUUUCCUUGUCCCUUGUGAUCUCUCCAAAAGUCUGAAGUCUUUAGAAUAUUUUGAUCUCAGUGACAGUUUGAUGAGUGAAGGUGCUCUGGAAAAUUCAGCUUGUGAGGGAGCCUGGCCUAGCCUGCACACCUUAAACUUGAGUCAAAAUAAAUUCGAAUCACUGAAAACAAUGGGGGAACUCUUGCUGACUGUGAAAAACCUGACUCACCUUGACAUUAGCAAGAAUAAUUUGGACUCUAUGCCUGACAGUUGCCAGUGGCCAGGGAAGUUGAAAUAUUUAAACAUCUCCAGCACAAAAACCUAUACGGUGACUUCCUGUAUUCCCCAGACCUUGGAAAUCUUAGAUAUCAGCAAUAACCAGCUCAGCGAUUUUAAUUUAAAUCUGCCACACCUUAAAGAGCUUUAUCUUUCCAAAAAUAAGCUAAAGACCCUACCAGAUGCUGCUCAUUUCCCCCACUUGGUGGUAAUGAACAUCAGUCAGAACACACUGUACACCUUCUCGAAGGCACAACUAGAAUCCUUUCAGACAACGGAAAUCUUGGCAGCAGGAGGCAACAACUUCAUUUGCUCUUGCGAAUUUCUGUCUUUUGUUCACCAUGAGCAGACCCUGCUGGUCAAAGUUCUGACAGACUGGCCGGGAGGCUACCUCUGUGAUGCUCCCUUCCAGGUGAGGGGCCAACGAGUGCAGGAUGUCCAGCUUUCCUUCUCCGAAUGCUACCGAGUGGAGCUGGUGGCUGCCAUCUGCUCUUCUCUUUUCUUGCUUGCCUUGCUGGCUGGGGUUCUCUGCUACCAGUUUCAUGGCAUCUGGUACAUGAAGAUGAUGUGGGCAUGGCUCCAAGCCAAGAGAAAGCCCAGGAGAAACCCAGACCGGGAGAUCUGCUAUGAUGCCUUUGUUUCCUACAGUGAAGGUGACUCACACUGGGUGGAGAACUUCAUGGUCCAAGAACUGGAGAACUUUGAUCCGCCUUUCAGACUGUGCCUCCACAAGAGGGACUUUGUGCCUGGCAAGUGGAUCAUUGACAAUAUCAUCGACUCCAUCGACAAGAGUCACAAGACACUCUUUGUGCUUUCAGAAAGCUUUGUCAAGAGUGAGUGGUGUAAGUAUGAGUUGGACUUCUCCCACUUUCGUCUCUUUGAUGAGAACAAUGACACAGCCAUUCUGAUCCUCCUGGAGCCAAUUGAGAAGAAGACCAUUCCCCAGAGGUUCUGCAAGCUUCGAAAGAUCAUGAACACCAAGACGUACCUGGAGUGGCCCAGGGAUGAAGGUCUGCAGGAGGAGUUUUGGUUCAACUUGAGAGCUGCCAUAAAGUCAUAGACCUACUCUUGCAUCUGUUCCUCCUUUGCAAGAACAGUUUAUUCCAAACCCUUUGGAAGGGGACAUGGUACAAAUCAGACUCUCUGAAUUAAAGAGAAUUGUGAUCUAUGCUUACAAGAGGUGAGGGAAAGAUAAGACAUCAAAACGUGCUAGAAUGGUGCCUGCUAUUCCCAGUGCCAUUCAGGAAUCAAAAGGGGAGGCAGGGGAAUUUUUUACUGUAGGAAGAAAGGGUAUGUUGCCUGAAAUUGUAGAAAAAAGAAGUAGGAUUUGAAGUAGAAGUCUCUGUGGUCUUGAUCAGCAUAAAGGUGUGGGGAAGAGAAGGGCAAGAGGCAAUGAGGGAUGAGUUCUUUCAGCCUGACUGCCUUGAUCCUUUUGUUUUUGCAUACUCAGUGCCACUCACCCAUACUCUCCAUCUACAUGAGCCACACUACCAUCAUGGUAGGAAGAGAAUGCUAUGAUUGCUUGAUUGUUACUGAUGCUUCCACCUUUGUCUUGACCCAUCUUUUGCAAAAACAUAUUUAUGUUGGGUCAUAAUAAGUGGGAAGCCCUCACAAACCCCAAGAUUAUACCUUAAGCAUGUAAUUGUGGGACUCUUGUCCUUGGGACAUUUUUUUCUUCUGAUCCCUCAUCUCUUGUGAACUUUCUGAAGAGAUUUGCUGUGCAAACUUGGAAAUGGAAAUAUUAGUUUGAAAAUCUCUGACCACUCUGUGCCUCUUCUUCUCCUCCUGUUGGGGAAUUUCUUAGAACCACUCAGGAAAUCUAGGGCUCAUACCCCAUACUCCUUCCCAGGAUCCCUGACAUUUUGGGGAAUGGUUUCUUUGAGAUGGUACUCUUAAGGAGUGCAUCCCCAGUAAUCAUCCCCAAAAAAGACAAUCCUUCUUCAGUCCCCCUUAAGUCAAGAAGCAGAGAUAAGCAUCUCACUUGUUAUAAUUUAUGGUAUUGUAAACUAAGAGACUAAAUUUGUGACUGAAACAUCACUUCUCUACUGUAAAUUUCCACAUUGUGGUUUAAAUAUAUUUUUUUGUAAAUACUGAAAUAUCUUAAUGAAUUUGGGGGUGUCCCUCUGUAGAAUUGGUUUAAAGGAGAAAUAAGAAUAGUAGAUAGUAGUAGUCUCUCGGUAACUGAGGAUGACGAUUGUCUUUGUGCGUUUUCAUCUAUGAUAGAUGAGUGUGCACAAAGACACUUGUGUGUGAAGGAGAUUUAAGUGGAAAAGCCGAUGCACAGAGACAGUCCCACUCUCUCGGCGUUGGAAGCCUGGGUCCAGUGGCACAAAAAGUCGUUACACCUGGAGACUUCCUCAGCUGCAUUGGAUGGCUGUGUUGUCUUUUGUGCUCCAACACACCCUAAGCACUCCACAGUGCUUUGUUGCAUUGCCAUCUCAGCCAUUGAACCUUCUUAUAGCAGUACUCAGGGGGAAAUUUAUAUCCUUGAGUUCAUAUAUAAAUAAAUUAAGAACGGCAGAGGUCAAUGAAUUGGGCAUAGAAGUUAAAAAACUAGAAAGUGAAAAAAUUAAAAAUUCUCAGAUGAAGACUAAAUUAGAGAUCCUAAAAAUCAAAGGAGAAAUCAAUAUAAUUGAAAGUCAAAGAACUAUUGAUUUAAUAAAUAAGACUAGAAGCUGGUAGUUUGAAAAAACAAAUAAAAUAGACAAAGUACUAGUCAGUCUAAUUAAAAAAAAAGGAAAGAAAAAAACCAAAUUGACAGUAUCCAAGAUGAAAAGGGAGAUCCCACCUCUAAUGAAGAAGAAAUUAAGGCAAUCAUUAAAAACUACUAUGCCCAAUUAUGUGGCAACAAAUAUGGGAAUCUAGGUGAUAUGGAUGAAUACUUACAAAAAUAUCAAUUGCCUAGACUAAAAGAGGAAGAAAUUAAUUACCUAAACAACUCCAUAUCAGAAAAAGUAAUUGAACAAGCCAUCAAAGAACUCCCUAAGAAAAAAUCCCCAGGUCCAGAUGGAUUCACAAAUGAAUUCUAUCAAACAUUCAAAGAACAACUAAUCCCAAUAUUAUGCAAACUAUUUGACAGAAUAAGCCAAGAAGGGGUUCUACCAAAUUCUUUUUAUGACACAAACAUGGUACUGAUCCCAAAGCCAGGCAGAUUAAAAACAGAGAAAGAAAACUAUAGGCCAAUCUCCCUAAUGAAUAUAGAUGCAAAAAUCUUAAAUAGGAUACUAGCAAAAAGACUCCAGCAAGUCAUCACAAGGGUUUUCCACUAUGAUCAGUUAGGAUUCAUACCAGUAAUGCAAGGAUGGUUCAAUAUUAGGAAAACCAUCCACAUAAUUGACCAUAUUAACAAGCAAACUGACAAAAAUCACAUGAUUAUCUCAAUAGAUGCAGAAAAAGCCUUUGAUAAAAUACAACACCCAUUCCUAUUGAAAACACUAGAAAAUUUAGGAAUAGAAGGGGCUUUCCUAAAAAUAAUAAACAGUAUAUAUCUAAAACCAUCAGCAAACAUCAUUCGCAAUCAAAACUUGAAGCCUUCCCAAUAAGAUCAGGAGUAAAACAAGGAUGCCCAUUAUCACCUUACUAUUUAAUACUGUACUAGAAACACUAGCAGUAGCAAUUAGAGAAGAAAAAGAAAUUGAAGGUAUUAAUACAACUCUGUGAAAGUUACAUAGAAACAACACACUUGUUUAACAUCACUUUCCUUGGAGAGCAACAGAUUGAUUGUUUGGGUGCAAGGGGGAGAGAUGAUUUCACUGAUUAGAGAGAGAGAACAGAAGCUAGUUUGAGAGCCAGCCAUGUCAGUGAAGUUCCAAAGUGAAGAGUGGAUAAUUAGUUUGCAGUUUGCAGUUUAAAUUUAUCUGGGACUUGAGAACUCUUUAUUAUUAACUCUUUUCUAGAAACUUGUUUAGAUCAGGAACUAACUUAAAGUACCAAACAUUUAAUUUGGAAGAAUGUUUUAUGUUAUCAUUAGAUUUUCUUCUGCGAAUGAUAUAAUGGAACUUCAUUGUUUAGGUAAACUAGAAGCAAAGUCACCUAAAAGUAUCAGCACAGACUACAUGUUCAUAACAUUUUAAGAAACUCAAAAACAACAAUAUUUAUUGCAUAAUAAAAACUUGUACCAAAUCAUAAUGGAAAAACUCAGUGGAAUGAAGAUUAGUUCUAUAGUAGCCUGGGAUAUGAUUGGAAAAUAAAUACUAGAGGAAUUAAGCAAGUAAGAGAAGUUUUGGAUCUGAAUAUAAAAAGGAAACAAGAAAGGUCCAUUUUUAAAGGGCAUUGAUCAGAAUUUACUGAAGGGACAUAUAAAGAAAGGAAGAUAGAAGAAAAAGUAGAAAGUUGGAGUCUGUUGACAUGGACACUGUGAAUGGAGAGUUUAAAAGAAAGAGUUUUGAAAUUUUGGAAAGAUUUGCGAUAAGGAUAUGAGAAAAGCUAUGCAAUUAUUCUUCUUGAUAUAGAAGGUAUUAUAAUGAAAUAAAAAAAUUGAAUAAAAAAGUAAAAUAAAUAAAUAAAUUGAAAUGAAAAAAAAAAAAGUCUUGAAUGCAAUCAAUAGAAAAUACCCAAAGGGAUAAAAUGAAUGGUUUUGCACAUAAGAUAAUUUGGAGAUGCAUUUGGCUGAAUUGAUGUUACUGACUGGUAUUAAGUUUUGUUUCAUGUUUAUACACAUAAUAACUGCAUGUUAUUAUUAUGUUUUAAAAUUGUUUUUCUCUGAUAGUGAAAUUUGGGAAACCAUUGUAUCAGAAAUACUGUUGGCAAAGUAACUUCUCUUUUAAUCUGGAUGUCAUUAGAUUGUGAAUUGAGCUGUUAAGAGAAUGUGGUAAAAUAUUGGAAAAUGGAUAAAAUAUAUUAGGGCAUAUUUGCUAAAAUGGAUAAUCUUCAUCAUCAUGAUGUAAAAGCAAAGAUCUCUUUGAGUUAUGCUUAUCUGAGGGGUUCCUUGGGACUUUUUACUUGUGUGAGCUCCCAAGAUCCUAUGAGCCCUGUUGGCUGGCUGCACGUUUUAAGUUCUUUUUUUUUCCUUUUAAACAUUAUUUUAUUUGGUCAUUUUCAAACAUUAUUCAUUGGAAAAAAAGGAUCAUUUUCUUUUAUGUUUUAAGUUCUAAAGGACUGAGGUUUAAGAAACUACACCAAAGUGGGGGACUUCAGGUUUGCUUGUAGUAAUGAGUGGGUUUUGAUCAAAUAGAUUGUUUGACCAUAACUUCUGAAAUUGUAUAUGUUAAUAAGUAAUAUGUAUUGAAAUUGCAUCUUUCGCCAACUAACUAAUAAUAGACCUUGGAUUCAAAGUUUUCAAUCUUGUCUUGGGGGUUAAUACACAAUGCAGAUAGUGGUGAGUCUUAAGGUUUACAGUAAUGAGCAAUUUCCUUGGGGUUUUCGAGUUAACUAUCAGGUAUUUAGCGUACAUAUAUGAAAUUCCAAUGUUGUUAUUCUUAAUUUAUAAAUAAAGGAUAAAUGAAACGUCCUUAUUUUUGCUUGUUGUCAACUGUUGUUGCAACAUGAGAAAAAUAAAGACAACAUUCUAGUCCUACACUGUGAUUAGUGAAGUUUUGCUAUUUGAGGUAAAAUCUCAUGGGACUGGAAUUUGAUAUUGUUAGAGGUUUUGACUUCAGAGAUGAUUAAUUGUCAUUAAACCAAAUUCAAAACAAAUGUCAUAUGUUGCCUACAGCAGAGCAGUCUGAGGACUGCUAUAGGUGGAUGUCUGUCUAGAAAUGUUGACAGGACAACUUUGUGAAGGCAAAAGUAGAAUUCUGUUGAUUCAGGUUCCCCGUUGUGCUACUUCUUUUCUAAACAGGGAAUUCCCCCCAAUCCCCUGUUUAUUUCUGAGUCUGGCUUUUGAAAUCCUGUAAAUAAGAUCAUCUAUCAAAUAUGACUCAUGCUUGGAAUCAAACAAUUAAGAAUCUUUCCCUUGUUAUGGUUUAUGAUAGGUCAAUUUGCGCCCUUGAAGGGACAGUCUUGAUAGUUCUAGAAUAUGCCCCCCCUUUUUUUCCUUUCAUAGCAGAUUUCAAUAAUAGGGCCAGUAAAUGUAAAAGUUUUUGCUGUUUGUAAUACUAUAUCGUUUUAGUUAAAAGAUUGAGACUAAAAAUCUGUUAGUUGUUAUAAUAGGAGGCAAGUAUGAAAGAUCUUAUUGCUUUCAGUCUGAUUUUGCAGCCAAUUCUAUAUCCUAAGCAACUAAGUAAAUGAAUUCUCAGGCUUACCAUCUACUUGCUAAUAAUU